CCAAAGAUAUGCGGGAUUUAAGCUCCAUUUACAAAAAUACAGAGGUCUAAAAAUAAAUAAGAACCCUAAUUUUCCACCACAGAUCUUUUGGAGGUUAGUUUGCUUGAUAUACACGUCUCUUCUCUUUUGCUCAAAUGCUUUUAUUCAUCUCCUUUCACCUCAAGGUCGUUAGUUGAUUUCUGAAUAAUGGCAACGAGCUCCGGUACAGCGAAAACGAAACCAGACAACCCAAAUCUCACAAGAUCAAGAUCUCUUGGCAGAAAGCCAAAGCCUGUACCAUCACCAGACGCAGAUGGAUCUGACAGGAAGACAGUUGAGAAGCCGGUGCCCAAUUACCUCAAACCCACAAUCAGCUCCAGACCAGACCCGGUUAAGUUCUUGAAGAAGAACAGCGCUGCCGAAGACAAGCUUCUUCGUAGACGUUCCUUUGAUCGUCCUCCUUCGUCAUUGACUUCAUCAGCUUCUUCAUCCCAUAAUAAAUCUCUAAACACCUCUCCUGCACGCUCACGUGACAGACCCGUGGUUCCGAGAGAGAAGCCUCUCACUGGUCUGCGCUCUUCAUCUUUCCAUGGAAGCAGCAGAGGCAGUCUCAGAGGAAGCAGUACGGUGAAAUCGACUCCUGUGGCUUCGAGAGGAUCUCCAGGGGUGAAGAAGAGCGGUCUGAGCGGUGGUGGUUCAUCCAAGACCAAAAAGGAAGGUUCUGAGAAUGUUCCAAAGAAAUCUUUGGGUAAAGAGAUUGCCCCAGAAGGAUCUUCUUCUCCUCGUGCGCCUGAUCAUAAGGAUGAGGAGGAGAUUGUCAAGGUUGAGACCGAUGUACAAGUUUCUGACCACAUUGAGGAACCAAAAGAAGAAGAGAAGGAUCAAGUUGCACAGCCUGAGGAGUCUGGUGAAGAGAAGGCGACCGGUCCAGUGGAUGCCUCCAAAGAAGAGGGCAUACAGCUUGAGGAAGCCGGUGAAGAGAAAGAGUCGGGUCCAGUGGAUGUCUCCAAGGAAGACGAGAAAGAAGAGCUGAUCAAUGGGGAUAAAACAGAAGAGCAAACAGAGGAGCAUAAAGAAGCAGAGAACACCGAAGAAGACAACAACAGUGAAGACAAGGAAGAAGUUGAUGAUCAUGAGGAGCACAGCGAGACAGUUGUUACCCCAGAUGUGAAAGAAACUGAGAAUGUCGAAGAAAGCAAGAAAGAGGAAGACGCAGAAGAAGUUAAAGAGGAGGAGGAGAGCGAAAGCAACAAAGUUGAAGAAGAAGCACCAACAACAGAAACAAAGGAUCAAGUAGAAGAAAAAUCACCAGAGGAAGGAACAAAGAAGGAAGUGGUGGUGCAAGGAAAGAAGGAGUCACCAUCAGCAGCAUACAACGAUGUAAUAGCAAGUAAGAUGCAAGAGAAGAGCGCGAGGAAGAACAAGGUCUUGGCUCUCGCUGGAGCCUUUCAGACAGUUAUUGACUACGAAACUGCUGCAUCUAAGUGA